GUCGGCAUGACUGGGUUGACAUUGCUCCGGCGAUCGGCGGUCAGCCAUGCCCACUGGUACGCCCCCGCCCUCGCAGCCAACUGGCAGCGGCCUGUUAGAACGCUUCAAAGGCGCCAACAACAACAACAGGCCAUGCACACCUGUGGGCGGCCCGGUGCAAUUUUCGCAGCAGCAACAGCAUCAACAACAACAACUAUAAAGGCGGCGCAGGCGCCAAAUGUGGCAAGCGACCCCUCGAUCCGCGCCAUGUCUUGCGCUGCUCCCAAACUGGUGGCCGUCGCCGAGUCGCGUCGCUUCAUGAUCGACUGCUUCAAGGCCGUGAAGGUGCCCCAAGCCCAUGCCGAGGCCCAGGCAGAUCUCCUGGUGGCCGCCGAUCACCGCGGUCACUUCAGCCACGGCAUGAACCGCCUGGAAAUGUACAUCAACGAUUUGGCCAUCAACUCCACGGAUGGCGGAGCCAUUCCCAAGAUCCUGAAGGAGACCCCGGCCACCGCCUGGGUGGAUGGCCUCAAUGGCUUGGGCGCCGUCGUGGGAAACUACUGCAUGGAUCUGGCUAUCAAAAAGGCCAAGACCGUGGGCGUGGGCUGGGUGUGCGCCAAGGGAUCGAAUCACUAUGGCAUGGCCGGCUGGUAUGCCAUCCGCGCCAUGGAGCAGGGUCUGGUGGGCAUGUCCAUGACGAACACCUCUCCGUUGAUGGCGCCCACCAGGGCAAAGGAAGCUGCUCUAGGCACCAACCCCCUUUCUCUGGGAGCCAACGCCACCAAUGGCGACAAAUUCCUCCUGGACAUGGCCACCACUGCUGUGGCCGUGGGCAAGAUCGAGAUCCAGCGUCGCAAGGGAGCCCCGCUGCCCGAUGGCUGGGCCCAGGAUCCCGCAGGCAAUGUGACCAAUGACGCCGAGCUGGGCUUUGCCACCGGAUGCCUGAUGCCGCUGGGAGGAUCCGAGUUAACCUCAGGCUACAAGGGCUACGGCCUGGGCGCCAUGGUCGACAUCCUGUCCGGCGUGAUGUCCGGCGCCAACUACUCCACGCAGGUGCGCAAGUGGACACAUGCUGGCGCCGACUCGGCUGCCGAUCUUGGCCAGGUCUUCAUUGCCGUGGAUCCCAAUUGCUUUGCUCCCAACUUCGAGGAGCGGAUGACUGACUUCAAUUCCCGUUUGAGGGGCACCACGCCGACCGAUCCCAGCAAGCCCGUCCUUUUGGCGGGGGACAAGGAGGGCCAGGGAAUGGCUGCCGUCGAUGCCGCCGGCGGAAUCCAGUAUCUGGAGAACCAGCUCAAGACCUGCGCCAACCUGGCCGAGAAACUCAAGAUCCAGCCCCUGACCUUCGUCUAGGCUGGGGACUCAAGGAAGCUAAGGAUUUGAAAGAGGGGAGCCUAGCUCGCCCGUUGCCAUAUGCUGGAGACGCUUCUGCAUUUCGCCGGACCAAAGCACUACGUUACUUUACACUGCAAGAAAUAUUGAUAUUCGCAACAGCUUGAUUCUGUUACAUAUCCCCUCCUGUGGGACCCUAAAUUUACCAUUAACGAUAGCAAUAAUUCGUAGAGUAAAGACUUGCAGUUUGCACUUUUACAAUAGAUAUGGGAUAUCGAAAUUUCUUGUACGAAUAGAUUAUGAAUAACUGAACUAUAUAUUAUACACUACCUGCCUGUUUUUGGCACUUGAUAUAGCCGUUUAUGUGUUCAACAAAUACGUAAUUAUUAAAUUUACAAUGAUAUAUUAUGUGAAUUAAAAUUCGUUGGGGAAAAAAAUA